CACUUGGGAGGGACAGCAGCAUACACAACAUGGCAGGCUGGCUGCUGCCCUGCGGAUGUUAUUUCGGUCAGCCAUCCUUCCUCCUGGCUCCUCCUGGCUCUGGCUGAUACUUGCUUAUCUGGCCUUGCUGUGGAGGCUCAGAGGGUGUGUUGGGCUAGGAACGCUUUUGGCCAAGCUGUUCAGAGGGCAUUGAUCCGUUGGCAGACCGUCCGGGUGCAAAAAGCUCCUGGGAUCAUGGGCCUUGGGCCCUGAGGACAAGGUGCUCCCUGUGGCCAUGACGACGGGUGACUGCUGCCACCUCCCUGGCUCCCUGUGCGACUGCUCCAGCAGCCCCGCCUUCUCCAAAGUUGUGGAGGCCACAGGCCUCGGGCCACCCCAAUAUGUGGCGCAGGUGACUUCAAGGGACGGCCGGUUCCUCUCAACCGUCAUCCGAGCCUUGGACACGCCAAGUGAUGGUCCCUUCUGCCGGAUCUGCCAUGAGGGAGCGAAUGGGGAGAGCUUGCUGUCUCCAUGUGGCUGCACUGGCACACUGGGUGCUGUGCACAAGAGCUGUCUGGAGAGGUGGCUUUCCUCGUCUAACACCAGCUACUGCGAGCUGUGCCACACGGAGUUUGCAGUGGAGAAGCGGCCCCGGCCCCUCACAGAGGGCCUUUGCACCUGCUGUUCCUGCUGCCUGGAGCGCCAUCGCCCCCAUUCUUCAUGUGGCUCCUUCUGCCCCUCCAGUUCUCCUCAGUGUCACCUCCUCAGUAAGGCCUUCCCCUCUCUGACCACCUGCCCCAGUUCACACCUCACCCCACUAGCAUGGGAGCUCUUGGAGGGCAGGGACCCCUUCUGUCCCAUUCACCAGAAUUUCGUGAGUGAAGCCCAUUUCUCUUGCCCAGUCAUCUGUGGCAGGCAGUGUAGCACAGCAGUCAAGGGCAAACAACCCCUGGGGCAAGACUUCCUGGCUUCUAGUCCUGGCUUUGUGGGCAACUAGCUGUGUGAGUUUGCACAAAUGAGUCAGCCCCUCUGUACCCCUCAGCUUCCCCAUUUGUAAAAUGGGACAAAAAUGCCCAACAGGGCCUGGCUCAUCGUAGGUUCAAUAAGUAUUUGAAGGAAGGAAAGGAAGGAGGGAGGUGCCAAGUAGGAGGAGGGAGGUGCCAGGUAGGAGGCUGGUCCUGCAGGGGUCAGGGACCGUAAGGGAGGGGCAGGCUCUGGAGGUCCCAUAUCCCAUCCCCAGGUG